GGUGCAGUGUCUGUUUUCCCAGGAUGCCCCGCGCUGCUGUUAUGGCCGCCUCCCUGGGCCUUUAUUAGCACAUGGGGUUCCACAAGAACUGUCGCCACUAGACUUCGGCGUCUCUGGACCUUCCUCUUUUCACUUUAUUGUGUGACUUCCGUGUGACCGUUUUGGGACCCGGUUUUGGCUGGGGCGACGUCCGGGGUGAUGUGGACCCCGGAGCUGGCAGUUUUGAGGGGCUUCCCCACUGAGGCUGAGCGGCAGCAAUGGAAGCAGGAGGCAGUCGCCGGCUCAGAGAGUGGAUCGUUCCUACAAUUGCUGCUAGAAGGGAAUUAUAAGGCCAUAUUCUUAAAUUCAUUGACUCAAAAUAUUUUUAAUUCAACAAAGAUAACUGAAGAAAAGAUUGACAGCUACCUAGAGAAGCAGAUAUUAACAUUCCUGGAUUUCUCACCAGAUUUGGACAAAACCCAAAGACAACAACUGAUAUUCCUAAUUGGUGUGAGCAGUUUGCAACUCUUUGUUCAGAGUAACUGGACGGGGCCUGUGGUUGAUUUCCAUCCUCAGGAAUUCUUGCCAUCUGUUUUAUUCCAGCAAUUCAGUGAGGUGAAAGGACUGGAUGCAGUUGUUCUGAGUCUGCUCAUUCUUGAUGGUGAAUCAAUCUACAGCCUGACCUCAAAGCCUAUACUGCUGUUACUAGCACGCAUUAUCCUAGUGAAUGUAAGACAUAAACUGACAGCACUUCAGAGCUUGCCUUGGUGGACUUUGAGGUGUGUGAAUGUUCACCAGCAGUUGCUUGAGGAACGCUCACCUCAGCUUUUUGCUCUCGCCGAAGGUUGUAUUGAUCAAGUGAUGAAGCUAGAACAUCUGUUUGUAGAUGAUUCAGGUCGAUAUUUGGCUAUUCAGUUCCAUCUGGAAUGUGCAUAUAUAUUUUUAUAUUAUUAUGAAUAUAAAAAAGCAAAAGAUCAGUUCAGCAUUGCUAAAGACAUCAGCAAAUUACAAAUUGAUUUGACAGGUGCUUUGGGCAAAAGGACUCGGUUCCAGGAAAAUUAUGUGGCGCAGCUUAUUCUAGAUGUAAGAAGGGAAGGGGAUGCAUUUUCAAAUGGAGAAUUCAGUCCAGCCCCGACUCCUCAGGAACAUUUGACUAAGAAUCUUGAGCUGAAUGAUGAUACUGUUCUAAAUGAGAUAAAGUUAGCAGAUAGUGAACAGUAUCAGAUGCCCAACCUGUGUGCUGAAGAGCUGGCUGUUAUCCUUGGAAUCUGCACAAAUAUGCAAAAGAAUAACCCAGUGCAUAAGUUAACUGAAGAGGAGUUGCUGGCAUUUACAUCGUGUUUGCUUUCACAACCAAAGUUUUGGGCCAUUCAGACAUCAGCCUUGAUCCUGCGGACAAAACUUGAGAGAGGAAGCACGCGCCGAGUGGAACGGGCAAUGAGGCAGACGCAGGCUCUUGCAGACCAAUUUGAAGACAAGACUACAUCUGUAUUGGAGCGUCUGAAGAUUUUCUAUUGCUGUCAAGUACCACCUCACUGGGCCAUUCAGCGCCAACUUGCAAGUUUACUCUUUGAGUUGGGAUGUACCAGUUCGGCCCUUCAGAUAUUUGAGAAACUAGAAAUGUGGGAGGAUGUUGUCAUUUGUUAUGAAAGAGCUGGACAGCAUGGGAAGGCAGAAGAAAUCCUUAGGCAAGAGCUGGAGAAAAAAGAAACGCCAAGUUUGUACUGCUUGCUUGGAGAUGUCCUCCGUGACCACCGCUGCUAUGACAAGGCCUGGGAGCUGUCCCGGCACCGCAGUGCCCGUGCUCAGCGCUCCAAGGGCCUCCUUCACCUGCGGAACAAGGAGUUUAAGGAGUGCGUGCAGUGCUUUGAGCGCUCGGUGAAGAUCAAUCCCAUGCAGCUCGGGGUGUGGUUUUCUCUCGGCUGUGCCUAUUUGGCCUUGGAAGACUACGGAGGGUCAGCAAAGGCGUUUCAGCGUUGUGUGACUCUAGAACCCGAUAAUGCUGAAGCUUGGAACAAUUUAUCAACUUCGUAUAUCCGAUUAAAACAAAAAGUGAAAGCUUUUAGAACUUUGCAAGAAGCCCUCAAGUGCAACUAUGAACACUGGCAGAUCUGGGAAAACUACAUUCUCACUAGCGUUGAUGUUGGGGAAUUUUCAGAAGCCAUUAAAGCUUAUCACCGGCUCUUGGACUUAAGAGACAAAUACAAAGAUGUUCAGGUCCUUAAAAUCCUAGUGAGGGCCGUGAUUAAUGGGAUGACUGAUCGCAGCGGAGAUGUCGCAACCGGCCUCAAAGGAAAGCUGCAGGAGUUAUUUGGCAGAGUAACUUCAAGAGUGACAAAUGACGGGGAAAUCUGGAGGCUGUACGCCCAAGUAUAUGGGGAUGGGCAGAGUGAGAAGCCUGAAGACAACGAAAAGGCGUUCAACUAUCUCUCUAAGGCCUACAAGUGUGACACACAGUCCAGUGGCUGGGAGAAAGAUAUUGCAUCAUUUAAGGAACUGGUUCGGAGAGCCUUAGAACUUGCACAUGUGGCUGUGAAAUGCAGUGAAAGCAAAUCCAGUCCCCAAGAGGCUGUACAGGUGCUUUCUUCAGCUCGGCUCAACUUACGGGGCUUGUCUUCUAAAGCAAAGCAACUUUUUACAGAUGUGGCCAGUGGAGAAAUUUCCGGGGAUUUAGCUGACGAAAUAGCAGCUAUGGACACCCUAGUACUAGACCUCCAAGACCUAAGCAACCAGUUUCGAAAUCGGUACUGACUAUCCUGGGAGCGGUUCUGGAAAAGGUGCUUUCGCCUUUGGGAUGUUCUCUUACACCUGUGGAUCUGAGACUGAUUUUUACAUAAAGUUCUCUUUUGUGGCUAACA